AAUUAACUGCCUCCUACAUCCGGCUUCCGUAGACGCGCCGUGAAUAUGGCAGCAAAGGAAACUAUAAACAGCCAUCAAACUGAUGUGGAAUCAAUAGUCAAUCGGUGGCUUGUUGAUUAUUAUGUGUUUCUGUCGACAGAGUUUUUUAAAAACGAGCAGUACUCAGACUUCUGUGGCAUUAGAGAUGUUCUUGAAAGUGUGUUGGUCCGUCCUUUGGAGUCUACUGACAGCAUGCAAACAAAGAUACGAGUAUUGCAGUUACUCUCCCGGAUAAAUGAGGGCGAAAGACUCGAUGUGUCAUUUGAGUCCGAUGAGUCGAUAACUCCUCUGGAAUCGGCCUUAAUGUUGCUGGAAAACAUGAGCCAGGAAUAUGUUCCCAGCUCAAAUAUUCCACAGCAGGAUUUUGAGAAUGUAUGCACUUCAACGAAAGAGAUGAUUGUGGGGAUUUUUAUCAAGAACAACAGAUAUGACAAAGCAAAAGAGGUGCUCAACAAACAUUUUCCAAAACCAAUGGUUGGCAAGAAAGCGAUAUUCAUGGGUCUCAUCAGCCAGAAGAGUAAAACACAUGAUGUCAUCGAUCAAAUGGACUUCAGACGUUUUAAGGAGGAGAUCUAUGCCUUUUGCCAAAGACUUUGCCCGUUCACUGUUCCUUUUCUCCACAAGGCUGCAAAACAGCUUAUUGAUAAAAGACGUACGGAGGAAGACAACGAGGCUCCUGAACCCGAUGAGCGAGACGAACCUCGCCCGUCCUCUGGUCCACAAAUAAACACAGUCCAGUUGGUAACAUGUAAACAUAUAAUAAUCCAGAGGUCCAGGCUGGAGGCGGUCUACAAGGCUUUGGCUGCAGGUUUAGAUGAGAGAACAUUUGCUCAGCUGGAGGAAGAGGUUGAAAGCGAGGAGCAGGUCAAAACAAAAAAAGAGCUUCCCCAUCGCAUCUCACCUACUACCAGGAAGGUCGCUAUCCUGGACUCGGAGCAGGAUGGGUUAUUUCAGAGAAACUCAGGCAGCCCCAUGGAGGGGUCCCCAGCAGACCAACAACCACAAACAGAUGCUGUUCCUCCAACGCGGGCGGAGUCACUCUCAAAGUCACCCGUAACGCUGAGGAACAAGAGGCCUUACACGGUGGCACGACUGGUGGUCGAGCCAGACAGUCAGGGGAGCUCGCAGUGCACAACUUCUCAGGAACUGGAGGCUGAAGUCACAACAGAAGAACCAGCACAGAUACUGGACAUAUGCAACAAAAAAGACCUGCAGAGCCCAGUAACGGACAGUGAGGUUACUAUAUCCCCCCAGAAACGCCCCAGACAAGCCACCAAUACUUGCAGCAGAGCUUCAACUAGUUUGGAAGAGUUGUCAGCAGACAGUGAGGAGGAACGCCCUAGCUCUGUGGCCAGUGGCGGAGUAUGUGCACAGAAACUCUAUAACCACACCAACAGUUCACAGAGUGGAACCACUUGGUCAAAACAACUGUCAUCAGACAGCGAGGAAGAUGAACAGCACCGUUUCAAAACCCCACAGCGGAAACGUCGUAUAAAACUGGCCAGUGAUUCUCCCAGCAAGGAACCAGGCAAUACAGAUGAGAUCUGUAUCACAGAUUCUUCAUUGGACAGCUCGCCCAAUCAGAUUCCUAAUCACCCCGUCCCUCGAACGAGCUCCACCCCUCAAAAGGACCCUGUUCAAGACCCAGGUCCCUCGAGUUCAAAAUGGAAACAGCUGUUUAAAAACGCAAAGGAGAGUAAGGAUACGUGGAAUGAAGAAGAGCUGCUCUUCAGAAAGAAUAGCGGAUCACUCAACGAGAGCACCAUGUCAAAUUCAAGCCAGAGGAAGAAGUGGACUGAAAGUGAGACACAGAGGCUGAAAGAUGGAGUUAGAAAAUUCGGAGAGGGAGCCUGGAGUAAAAUAAGGUCGCACUACUCCUUCACAGGUCGAACAAAUGUUAACCUGAAGGACAGGUGGAGAACCAUGAAAAGGUUAAACAUGGUCUGAGUGAUCAAGUUUGAGUUUAUAACUCAAUGUUCAAAAUGUAAAUAUGUUCAGUAAAUAAAAAUCUUCAGUCUUCAAUAAAUGUGCAGUUAGAUUGUUUAA